CAAACACAUGCAUAUUCAGAAUUAUAUUUGGCGCGAGAUUUUAUUCAAUGUAUUACCUUAAUAAAGUGCAACAUUAAAGAAAAUAUAUACAAACAAUCAAUUAGCAUGUGUAAAUAAUAUUCUUUAAUAAAUAAAUAAUGUCUAAUUUAUCUCAUGUACAGCGUGUUAGAAUGCUGUACAAAACAAUUUUAAGGUUACAUCGUGGUUUACCAGCUGAAAUUCAAGUUUUGGGAACCAGUUAUGUUCGAGAUGAAUUCAGAAGACAUAAAAAUUGUGACAACGCUACAGCAAUCAUAUUUUUGAAAGAAUGGACAGAAUAUGCUAUAAUGCUUACUAAACAACUUGGACUAAAAGGACUACAUACAGCUAAACCUUUAGGUCAAAAUUUAGAAGAAAAAGAUUUAAACAAAUUUAGAGAUGAACAAAUGCAUCAGUUGUACGAACUAAUGAUUGCAGCAACUGGCAAAAAUAACAAGGGAAAAGAUAGGUAAUUUAUUUUCUCUGAAAUGUUAAAGUACUUCAUAUUUUACAGUUUCUAAGAUAUGUGAUAUUACAUAUACAUCUUAGUAUAUCAUUAAUGUAAUUAUAAUAUAUUGAAUGCAUUGUUAUAAUUCUUAUGUAUAAAUACAAUCUACAAAAAUUUAGAUCUAAAUGAGACAUUAUAAUAAUAUUUCAUAACAAUGAUAUUAAUAAACUUGUAUAUAAAGCAUUAUUAAAUAUCAAUAUACUUUAUAUAUUAUUUAUUUUAUAUAUUUAUUUACUAUUUAUUUUAUAUAUUUAAUGUUAUAAAAAUGUUUAAUUAUAUUGAAUGUUAAUUAUAUUGAAAGAAUACUCAGAAAAAUAUAACUUUAAAAUUAAAUGUAGGUUUAGCAAAUAUAAAGAAAUUUUCAAUUAUUAA